CCCCCACCCCACUGGGCUGGGAGGACAGACAUCACUCCCUGCCUCUCAGGUGGCCAGACAGCCUCAUUUUUCCUCAGCAAGAUGAGGGGCAUCUAUUACCCGCCGACGUGGAGGCGAGGGGCAGGAGGAGUUCUCCCUGCCAUACAUAAUCUCAGGAACCAGAACGAACCCUUCUCCUAGCAGGGCAAGGGCCCCCAACCCUUUGGGCGAACGGCGUGCGUACGCCCCCAGAGAAGCAACAGGCGCCCGCCGACCCCCUCCCAGCCCAGCAACGCCAACCCUCUUAUUCCUCGCGAUCUUCACCUCCAAAAAGCCGGGCGGAAGCCUGGGAGAACGACUUUACCUCACUCCGCCCCCUGCGCCAUUUUACAGACCCCUCCCCUACCUCCCCCACCCUGUGGCCGCCAGGGUAGCGUCAGGGGGAGGGCAAACAAGCAAUGAUUGGCAAGAAACCGCCCCGGCUGUAAAAGGGUUCCGCCCCACCCACGGCGCCCGGCGCAGACGCCGCAACCCCGCCCUUCUCACCACCUAACCUGCCAACUGGCUCCACCCAUUCGGUCUCAUCGACCCUCUCGACUUUCGUUUGCUCCUGACUCCCAGCCGCUGGCGGGAGGGCAAAAAGGCCCAGACCAAGCAAGCGGAGCAGCCAUCUCAUCUGAUGCAACUUGCCUGGACCCGCGUGACAGUUCCUGGCACUAGGAGGCAGCGGCGACUGAGGAAGGGGUUCCGGCUCUGGGCUGAACGCGCGAGGUAGGGGCGGCGGAACCAUGGGGGACGCUCCGAGCCCUGAAGAAAAGCUGCAUCUUAUCACCCGGAACCUGCAGGAGGUUUUAGGGGAGGAAAAGCUGAAGGAGAUCCUGAAGGAGCGGGAACUUAAGGUUUACUGGGGAACAGCAACCACUGGCAAGCCACAUGUGGCUUAUUUCGUGCCAAUGUCUAAGAUUGCAGACUUCCUGAAGGCAGGUUGUGAGGUAACGAUUCUGUUUGCGGACCUUCAUGCGUACCUAGAUAACAUGAAAGCCCCAUGGGAGCUUCUAGAACUCCGAACCAGCUACUAUGAGAAUGUAAUCAAGGCAAUGCUGGAGAGCAUUGGUGUGCCCUUGGAAAAGCUCAGGUUCAUCAAAGGCACUGACUACCAGCUCAGCAAAGAGUACACACUAGAUGUGUACAGACUGUCCUCUGUGGUCACACAGCACGAUGCCAAGAAAGCUGGCGCUGAGGUGGUGAAGCAGGUGGAGCACCCUUUGCUGAGUGGGCUGCUGUACCCUGGACUGCAGGCCUUGGAUGAAGAGUAUUUGAAAGUAGAUGCUCAAUUUGGAGGCAUUGAUCAGAGAAAGAUUUUCACCUUUGCAGAAAAGUAUCUCCCUACACUGGGCUAUUCAAAACGAGUCCAUCUGAUGAAUCCUAUGGUCCCAGGAUUAACUGGCAGCAAAAUGAGCUCUUCAGAAGAGGAGUCCAAGAUUGAUCUCCUUGAUCGGAAGGAGGAUGUGAAGAAAAAACUGAAAAAGGCCUUCUGUGAGCCAGGGAAUGUGGAGAACAAUGGGGUUCUGUCCUUCAUCAAGCAUGUCCUCUUUCCCCUGAAAUCUGAAUUUGUGAUCCUUCGAGAUGAGAAAUGGGGUGGAAACAAAACCUACACAUCUUACUUGGACCUAGAGAAGGACUUUGCUGAUGAGGUUGUCCACCCAGGAGACCUAAAGAAUUCCGUUGAAGUUGCCCUGAACAAGUUGCUGGAUCCCAUCCGGGAAAAGUUUAAUACCCCUGCACUGAGGAAGCUUGCCAGUGCUGCCUACCCAGAUCCCUCGAAGCAGAAGCCAGUUGCCAAAGGUGCUGCCAAGAAUUCAGAACCAGAAGAGGUCAUCCCAUCCCGUCUGGAUAUCCGUGUGGGGAAAAUCAUUAGUGUGGAAAAGCAUCCCGAUGCAGACAGCCUGUAUGUGGAGAAGAUUGAUAUGGGGGAAGCUGAACCACGGACUGUGGUGAGCGGCCUGGUGCAGUUUGUGCCCAAGGAGGAGCUGCAGGACAGGCUGGUGGUGGUGCUGUGCAAUCUGAAACCCCAAAAGAUGAGAGGAGUCGAGUCCCAAGGCAUGCUUCUGUGUGCUUCUAUAGAAGGAGUAAGCCGCAAGGUUGAACCUCUGGAUCCUCCUGUAGGCUCUGCUCCUGGAGAGCGAGUGUUUGUGAAGGGCUAUGAGAAGGGCCAACCAGACGAAGAGCUCAAGCCCAAGAAGAAAGUCUUUGAGAAGUUGCAGGCUGACUUUAAAAUUUCUGAGGAGUGCAUCGCACAAUGGAAACAGACCAACUUCAUGACCAAGCUGGGCCACAUCUCCUGUAAAUCGCUGAAGGGGGGGAACAUAAGCUAGUCAGCCUGGCAGCUGCCUUCCUCCUUCCUUCAUCCCAGGUCAUCUGCUGUCUCAGUUUGCUCCAAACAUUACCCAUUUGUUGCCCAGGACACUGAAGCAGCAGGUUUGGGACUCCUAGGUGCAGAACUUAUAAGGGACAGCUCACCCUCCCCAGAAUCCAGGAUCAUCCUGUCUGGCUGCCUUGAGGGUGACCUUCCAGGUGGUAAUGAGUGGGGCAGCAGCAGGCAGUCCAGCUCUACCUUCUUCCCUUGGCAGCUGACUCUGAGAAAUCCGGUUUCAAUAUAACUCACAGAAAAAGCUUAUGCCACAGUCCUUCUAAUUGGAAAAACAUUGGUUCCCAGGUUUUCCAGGCGUAAAUUACUCCAGCAGCUGUGCCUCAGGCUGGGAUCUGGUUCCUGGACUAGGCUAAUGACAGCUUCUCCCCAACAGGAAAUUGUGGGAUUUGAAAAGGGAAGGGAAAGGAAAGCAGAGAACCUAGUGGUCUACCAAGUGCUUGGCAUCUUUCCCCAUGCCUGCCAACCCUGAGGCUUGGCAUUGGGGGGCAGGGCCUGCCUCAGGGCU